CUUCCAUGAUUGUUUGAGGGAGGGUAUUUAAAUAUCGAGGUUAAAGUUAAGGGAACCACCACGACUGUGGGUCCUUUUGGGCCUGUUGGCAGUUUCACUUCGCUUUGGCGCCAAUGUACCCAGGCAAUGGCAGGAGCAGAUGCACCACUUGCAACACUUGGGUCAGAGCAUGGCCCGGGCCUGGGACGAGGCGCAGCAGGCGGCCCAGCGGGCGGAGGCCUUGCGGCACUGUGAGGCGGAGGAACGGCCCUGUUGGAGCGCCCUCUACGAGUCUCGCUACCAGACACCGUGCGCGCCCGGCUUGGUGUUCGAGGGAUCCUUCGCGGAAGCGCACGCGCAGGCGCGGGAGAAGAAGCAACUUUUGCUGUUAUGGCUCGAGAGCAGCGAGGUCCAACAGUGCGGUAACACGACCAGCUUGGAUCGAGAAGCGUUGGCAGGGGAGGUCUUCAAUGCAUUGGUCAAGGAGUACUUCGUACUGUGGCCUGGCGAUGCAGACCGCUGGCUGCUGCCAGUGCAGCUGAAGGAGAUGUUGCGCCUACGGACACCCUGCUUUGCUGUCCUGGAGCCACUCAGUGUGUUUGAAGUUGAGGUGUUUCCAUGGUCUGAUGCACGUGAGUCGGCCAAUGAGUUCCCCAUCAACUGCGCUUGGUCUUUCUUGGGCGCGCUCGAAGGAGCUGAGUUGACAGAGGGCGCUCUCAUGAGCUUCUUGGCCCAGCACGGCGACGCCGCGACCGCGCGGCGCGCGCGGCGCGAGGCGGCGCGGGAGGAGCAGCGGAGACGGUCGGCAGAGGCGAGGCGGUUGCGAGAGGAGCAGGACAGAGACUACGAGGAAUCUUUGCGGCGAGAUCAGGAACGUGGCGAACGAAAUGAGGCGAAGCUUGAUCCUGCCUUGGCGCGGCUUCGCGCCACGCGGCAAGAGCAUGCACAGCAGCUGAUGCGCCUGCCACGCACCGUGCAGAAGGAUGCCUGUCAUUUGGUGCUGCGCUUUCCGUGCGGACGCCGAGCAGAACGGAGCUUCGCUGCCACGCAGACCCUCUCAGAGCUCUACCGCUGGGCCGACUGCGCGGGGGAACUCGCCGCGCUGGAGAAGACGGGCGACCGCUUCGACGUGCCGGAGAAGUUUACGUUGGCGACCAGCUACCCCAAGGCCGUGCUCAAAGACCGCUCUAAGACCCUGAGACAACUCCACCUCACACCUUCGGCAGUGCUCACGCUUUGCCCGGAGUCCUGAGUCGUCCUUGGACACCCCCCA